AUGACAACAGCUGCCGAGUUAAUGAAAGCCGUAAGUUUCGUUCUCUUCCCUUCAGAUUUUCAGGUUUUUGUUCUUUUGAUUAGAGUAACUGAGGAGACGUCCCCCCUAUCAAAAUUGCACCGUUUCUGACGCGGACCAGCUAAUUUUUGUGGCGCUCUCCUCAUUUUCAAGCUCUCUCGCCCGUCGUGCACAUGUUUAACCCGGCCAAAUUAUUGAUUUUUUGUGGUGAUGCACCUUGCGACGAUCGUGGCGGCGCAUGCGGUUGUGGCCUUUUUCUCAUUUCGAUCGACAUGUACGGUCGUUUCAGUUUGAAUAACCCUUCUCUCUGUCUGCUCCUCUUCAUUCCCCACGCUCUCUCUCCAGCUUUUCCAAGGCGUCUGUUCGACACGUGACUCUUUUGAAGGUUCUUGUGCAUGGAUGUUGAUGAUCGAAUCACUCUUGUUUUGACUCGAGUCAACACUAUAGGACGAGUACUAAUCACUUAGAAUUCUGAAAACCCAAUUUGUUUUGACGGAAUCUUCGCAUGAUCCUUUUGAAAGUCUUAAAGGAAUGUAGAGCAGGAUUUCGGUAGAACCUAAUUGCACUGUGCAAGUUGUUGUUAAGUUCACUAAGAGUUGCCUACCGUAUUCUUGUAAUAGUCUACUUCGCGAGUCACAUUACAGUCAUUCCAUUAUCUCAACGACUCUCAUUUCUGACGUUAGCGUCUAAUUAUUUUGCCGAAUAAGCUAGGCUCAUCUAGUUUAUCUCGGUCCAUUCUCACACUUGCUCAAUAUCCAUUCAAAAGAGCCUCGUACGACAGCCAGUCGAGAUUCGCGUAGGGAAAUGUGUUCCUCAGACGCAGCCACACCAAUACAUUACUCCUUUAAAACCUUGUCUCCGGAGAGAUCGCAUGCUCGACCCAGUGAAUGAACCGCUUUUCGUUUUCAGGAAAAAUUAGACGAUUUCGACUAUAAGGUGGCUCUGCAACAGCAGAUGGUUGCGGCUGCGAACGCGGCCGCCGCCAAUUCUGUGCAAGUAUCCACGAACGGAAGCAUCCACUCCCUGCAAAUCGGACCAAUUCAAGUCGCCGCGCCGUCUCUCAACUCGCCGACUCUCUCGGAUGCACCGCCCGCCUCUACGGGCUCAGCGGAGAUGCUUGCCAUCGGCCCCGUCGCUCCUUCGCAACCUGAUCCCAGCACUAGCUGUAAGAGACUCUCCUACUGUCCUCUCUUUCCUACGUUCUCUCUAAGUAUCGUAGCCUACCAGACCAGUUCCUUUUCACGGAAAGGAAUCGGUUGCGAAACAAAUGCAUGGCGGUUUUUGUGAUAUUUGAUGAUGAUGAUGAUGGUAUUUUCGGUGAAAAACAACAGCAUACAGACACGCGUACUUAGUGGUUUUCAUCUAGUAAUAAUUAACCUUGUCCCCUUUCUUUGGAAUGCAACCAGGCACCUUCCACCCAGCAUACGUUGACAGCUGCUUCUUGGUUUCUAAUUGCAUCAGUUUUUAUCGUUUCUUUUCGUAGCGAGUGAGCGAAAAUAUCCCCAAAGAGCAUUAUAGGACAAUCAACAGUUUAGCAGAACCAAGGAAGUUAGCAGCAUCAUCGUCCCUGCCCUUUUCCCCGUCUUUCUCAUUAAUUCUUCUAUUUAGCUGACGGACCACGUCGUCUGCACGUCUCCAACAUUCCAUUCAAGUACCGAGACCCCGAUCUCAUCGCCAUGUUCGAAAAGAUCGGUCCAGUCAGUGAGGUAGAGAUAAUAUUCAAUGAACGCGGAUCAAAGGUGCUCACAAGACACGAAAGAACUCAUUAUUAAUCGCCGAUUUUCAGGGCUUUGGCUUCGUUACAAUGCAGCGAACGGAAGACGCGGUGCGCGCUCGAACCGAGAUGAACGGAAUGUCGAUUGAAGGCCGACGCAUCGAAGUGAACAUGGCCACGCAGAGAAUCCACACGAAAAAGAAGCCGCUGAUCGCCUCGGUCGCAGUCGAUCCGAUCGCUGCCCAGAAUGCAUUAAAUGCACAAAACAUGCAGAGAGCCGCUCUCCUCCAGCAGCAACUAAUUGCUCAGCAAUUCCUUCUUCCUCGUCAACAGUUCAUCAUUCCUCCGCCCACCUCGGCCGCAGCUCACAUGCAGGCUCUGCAAUACCAAACUCUCCUCGCCAAUCAGCAUAUGCACCAGAGCCUCCAGAAUCAGCAACUGCUCUUCAGCCAAGCAGCACUUCAGCAGUCUCAGCAGCCACCGAAUUCCAUGGCUCAUGCUCAGCUCUUUCAACAGCAACAGCAGCAACAGGCGGCGGUUGCUGCUCUCGGAUUGGAUUCUAUGGCUCAGGCCAAUCAAAUGGCGGCACUCUUCGCGUUGGAUCAGCAGCAGAGACUCCAAUUAGCAGUUGCUCAAGGUAAGUGGGGGGUUCUUGAGAAGACGUGGAGUGCCUCUUGAAUUUUUGAAAAAGCGGGGGAGAGGGAAAGAGUUAGUCAACAGACAGGGGUUAGUUCAUUUUCAGUGACGGGAAUAUAUUUUUCACAAGAUCCGUUUGCAGGCCGUGUCGCUCCAGCUGUCCGCAUCCCGACCUCUUCUGCCGGAGGCGCCGUUCCUCCUCCGCCGCCUUCCGGACCGGCCCCAGGCAGUCUCGGAGAGCAGUUCCUGCAGCAGGCGCUCCCGGCGUCCGUCACUGCUCUGCACCAUCACAACCUGCACCCGGCCGCGGCUGCUGCUGCUCUUCAGCGUCGUUAUGCUCCUUACUAA